UUGACAUUAACUGUAAACCUCUCAAAUAUUUCAGAUUUUACUGUAUUGGUUGGAUGAAAUGUUGUUCCAGCAUCAACACGGAUGUUAAUUCAGGAACAUGUUUUACUUGGUGAAAUCAUGUUUUCUCACCCCCACACACUCACAGAGAUGCACAUACAGGAACUUACACAGCUUCGAGCUUGUCAUCUUAAAACAGAGCAGCUCAGAGACCUGAGUGAAAAUGCUGCUAAACUUGACAUCAAUUCUCUUCAGUUUAAUCCUCAUGUUCCCCCCUGGUAAAUUUGUCUCUUCAUGUAUCUACAAAGCUGCAGGUGAUAAAGUUGUGAUUUCAUUUGAUGAUGCAAUAUUACAAAAGGACAAUGAACUGAAAUGGACACAUGAUAAACAGAAAGUUUAUUUAAGAAAAGGCUCCCAAAUUAAGCUCAACCAGCUCAACGUUAGUGAAGAUGGAUCUUUGAUACUGGAGAACAUACAGAAAGAUCAAUCUGGAGAGUACAAGGGCAACAUCUAUGAUGUAGAAGGAAAUUUAAUAACGGAAACCGUGCAACAGCUCUGUGUUCUGGAGCCAGUGGCUGAACCAAUAGUUUUGGUUGAAUGUGUGGAAAACGGAGUAAAUCUGAAUUGUAGUGCAGUGAACAAUGAUGAGGUGGUUGUGUCCUGGAUGAAAAAUGGCAAGAAGGCUAACAUGACACAUGCUGUUUUACACAUCAGUUCGUCUGAGCUCAAACCUGGAUAUCAUUUCUCAUGCACAGUCAGAAACCAGAUAAGCAAGAAGUCAGCAAAAAAAGUUGAGCCAGAGUGCUCUGAAACAGAUAACUCUGAGAACAAAUAUCUCUUUGGCUUGGAUUUAUGGUGGAUGCUGGUGAUCCUGACAGGUUUCCUCCUCAUCCUCUUCAUCAUCUGCCUCGUCUGUGUCUCCCGCUGCUGCAGAUCAAGCAAGAGGAAAACAAAACGGGAAGAACAGCAUCAGCUUGUCUCUUUAAUGCCACAUUACUUAAAUCAGCCAGAUGACCAACAAAAGCCAGUAACCUCUUUUGGCUAAUUAUAAAUAGGUUAAACUAACCCUAACUUUAACAGACAUCUUUCUGCAUUUUAACAGUUUUUAAAAAGGAUUUUUUUCAAUGGAUUUUCAUCUGGCGCUCCUACUGGCCAUGCACUUGUUUGCCCUGCGUUAACAUUAACCCUGCGGGAGUUUUCUAUGCUUCACACUGACCUGUACAUUUGAUC